AGUGUGGACAGUUUUAAUGAUUGUCUGUAAUCAAUACGAAAGCGAAGGUGAAAUUGAAGAAAAUGAAGUACCUUUUAUCUUGAAAUUUCUAUAUCACUCAUUUUUAGUUAAUCUUCUUCCAGAUUCUCUUCAAGUUCUCCCGUAAUAUCUCAUAAUUUAGGUUUUUUAACUCUUCUUUUAUAUAUUUUAAUUAUUCUUAGGCGAAUCCGCGAACCCCUAUCCCUACAUAGAUUCAUAUCCCGAAUCUUAUCAUGAAGGAUCCAACAUCUAGAUCCACACCUGAAUCAGAUAUCCGCAUUGAGUCCGAGCAACUUAGGCUAUAAGUGCUAAGAAACAUACACCACAUUAACAAAAAACAACAACAUACCCAAGGAAUGUUGCUUCUUUCUUUAUGGAGUUAAGCACGCAUGGACUCUAUGAGAUACUGACGGGAUGCUUCCUUAUGCUAGAUUUGCUCAAUGUGAAAUGAGUGUCGACCUCUGAUGUCUCCCAUUAGAUGAGUAACUUAGAAUAGAGAACGGGGUUGUAAUGAGAAAGAUAUUUUUUGAUGCUCAAAUAAGAUAAGAAUUUACUGAAUAUGACUUGCACUUCUGUUUCUUGGACAUUCCGCGGCUUUUAUGAGAAGUUACUUCUCCAAUACGAAAGGCAUAUGACACAAAUUGGAGAGCUUCAACUUCCUAUUGCUCCUUCUCCUGUUGACAAUGAGAACUCUGUUGACAAUGAGAACUCAUACGAAAGGCAUAUGACACAAAUUGGAGAGGGAAGUGGUUACCAAAUUUCUGCAUCAGGAAGGCCAGUAAGAGAUUCCGCUGCUCGUUGUAGGCUAGGCUGGCAGGAGCAACACCUUCUUGAUUAUGGUGAGGUUGCUGAGCCAAUUGUAAAGGAUGGGAGUGCCUACAAUACACCAAAGCGUGCAAAGAGUCGAAAAACUAGUGGCUCUCUUAAGCACCAGGGAAAAAAAGAAGCGGAUCAGCAAACGAAAGCUGCAGAAACAGAAACUUUUAAGCCGUUGGAUGUCCAAGUUGUUGAUGUUGGACCCCCCGCUGAUUGGGUGAAAAUCAAUGUUCGUGAAACAAAUGAUUCAUUUGAGGUCUAUGCGCUGGUGCCUGGGCUUUUACGGGAGGAGGUACGGGUUCAAUCUGAUCCAGCUGGUCGCCUGGUCAUUACUGGUCAGCCAAACCAACGUGACAAUUUGUGGGGUGUUACUGCCUUCAAGAAGGUGGUCACCUUACCUGCUAGAAUUGAUCAUCUUCGGACCAACGGUGAUGUCACCCUUCAUGGGUGUCUUCACGUUCAUAUGCCCUUUGCGCAGAAAGAUCUCUGAGUCGACAAAGCAGGAGCAUUUGUAGUUGGCCUACAUUGUGAAUGCUUGGCCAUAGUUAUUUACUUGUUGUUGAUGAUAUAGCAAAGGAGGCAUUACGGCUUCAGCUGCCCCAUUAGAAACUUAAGAUUGCUUUUCAAAGACGAAUGAAUAUGUGAUGAACAUAGCUUGGAGUAGUAUGUUGUUUUGAUACUGAAACGUAUCUGUCUUUUUAGCAUUUGACAAUUCUAUUAUAAUCUCAAAAUUAUUGACAGACACA